AUGCCACCUGCCAGCACACAACUGUCGGAAUCCAUUGCCAGCAUUGUGGAUUCUCAGGAACAUCUGAUUGACAAAGCUCAGAGAUUACAAGAUGAGUGCAUCAAAGCCGAUCAGAACUGUUUUGUCACUUGGGACCAGUGGACUAAAUCCAAACAAUCACUCAUGCCAUCCCACAAGAAAACUGCAAAGGAGCUUGCCAAGGAACAUUUUGGGCAUGAAAAAUUUGACAUGUGCUGGGGCACCAAGAGUGACAAACCACCAAGCACCUUGGUCAAACCAGACUCAAUUGCUCAGGCAGAUUUCAGACAGGAACAAUUUGACAUGUGCUGGGGUACCGGGGCUGACAAAGCGCUGACUGUGGAGACACCAAAUGUGGGUCCAUUGGCCAAGCCACAUUUUGGCAUGAAAACAUUUGACAUGUGCUGGGAUGCCAAGGUUGAUCCUGCGCCGAUCAUUGCCACAAGUACAGCUGAGCCUCAACCCACCAUUCAAUACAACCUCUGUUGGGAUGACACACCAAUGGCAUCCAAGGUCAACUUGGCACUGAUGAAGACCAAGACCUAUGAUAUGUGUUGGGAAGAAACACCUGCAUUGGCAGUAGGGUAUGAAGCCAAUUUUGACAUGUGCUGGGGAGAUUUGCCACUGGGCACAGAUGGUGACUAUGACAGUGCACUGACUUGGCAUGGCUUGCCAAGUCAGAUUGUGGAAGGCAGUGAGGAAUUGCUGCACUGA